GUUUAGCAGUGCAGCGUAAGGUAUCUUGAGUAUCAGCUACCGCGCUCACAACCCAAUAGUUCGGUUGAGGUAAUGGCCGCUAUAAAUUUGGAAGAGUUUGAAAAUUGUGAUAUCCUUUCUUCCAUCUCAAGUCUAACGCAGUCCUAUCAAUCUAAACCCUAGACUACCUUUACCAAGCAAUGAAUACAUUACCAAAGCUUUCCCUUUUCCCAUUCCAAUGCAAUCCUAUGACCACUCUAUCCUUUCCGACAAGCUCUCCUCUUUCCUCAAAGGAAGCCGGCUCGCCGAUCCUAGGGCCGUCCACGGCCUCGCCUUCAAACUCGGCUGCAUACUUUCCUCCAUUUUCCUAUCAAACAAUCUCCUUUAUGCAUAUACUUCAAGUUCUGUCACGGACGCCCACCGACUGUUCGACGAAAUUCCCCACCCAAACUCCGUUACUUGGUCCAUAAUGAACUCGGCUUACGCUCAUACGUGCAGGAUCAACGAUAUCAUUUUACUGUUCAGGAGAAUGCUCAAUUUAAGGAUUUUGCCUAACAACUUUGUGUUUGGUAGCAUCUUCACUGGUUGCGCUAAUGGCAGAGAUUUACAAACUGGGAUUCAAAUACAUUGUAGCGCCUUCAAAUUUGGCUUUACCCAGCAUACAUUUGUAGCUGGCACAAUGAUUGAUAUGUAUUCGAGGUGCGGUAAGGUAGGGGAGUCAUGGAGAAUUUUCAACGAGACUUUAGAGAAAGAUGUGGUGUCUUGGACUACCGUGAUCACCUGCUUGGCGAAUUGUGACCGGCAUGAAUGCCCGGUGUCUGCCUUUGGGGUGUUCAGGGAGAUGAUUUGCAGGGCAGUUUGGCCCGUAGGAAUGACGUUUGUAAGUGUUCUUAAGGUUUUUGACGAACCUGAGAAGCUCAGACAAGCAACCCAAGUGCAUGGAUGCAUGAUUAAGCUCGAGAUUGAAUUGGAUGGUCCAUUGGGGUCGGCGCUUAUUGCAAUGUAUGGGAGAUGUGGAGGGAUGAAAGAAGCAGUUAGAGUCUUUGACAGGAUUGAAAAUGAUGCAGUCUCAUUAAAUUCACUGUUGGUGGCUUACAUGCAGAAUGGUUACUAUAAAAAUGCGGCAUUUUUGUUCAAGAAAAAAAUAGAAGAAAAGAUGGAAGUCGAUCCAUUUGUUGUUACAAGCAUGAUAGGGGUUUUCUCAGCUUUGGAGGAUAUUGGUAAGGGUAAAGAAAUUCAUGCUUAUGUCAUUAGAAAUGAUUUCUUUUCAGAUGUGUCAGUUGGCAAUUCACUGAUAACACUCUAUGGAAGAUGCAAGGAAACUAAAAUGGCUGAGAAACUGUUUCAGUUAAUGAAGAUUAAGGAUGCUAUCUCUUGGACUGCAAUGAUGACUUGUUACAGUCAGAAUGAUCUUGGAAGAGAAACUUUCUCAUUGUUCCUUCAUAUACUACGUGAAGGGAAAAGCCCACCUAUAUUUUGUAUCACCAGUGUAAUUUGUGCUUGUUCUACAAUAUCAAGCCUUCAUUCGGGAGAACAGAUGCAUGCAAGGAUUGAAAAAAUGGGGUUGGAUUCUAGCCUAUUUGUUGCAAACUCUCUUAUAACCAUGUAUGCGAAGUGCGGAAGCAUAAACUCUGCAUUUACUGUCUUUGAUUACAUGAAUGAAAGAGAUAUUAUCUCUUGGAAUGCAAUGAUCAUGGGAUUUUCACGGCAUGGUUUUGUGAAAGAAGCUCUACAUUUAUUCAGUGAGAUGCAGAAGUCAGACGUUAAGCCCGAUGAAUUCACUUUCACUGGUAUUCUCGUCUCUUGCAGUCGUGUUGGUCUAGUUGCUGAGGGUUGGGAGUACUUCAAUAUGAUGACUGAGCAUUAUGGACUGGAGCAUAGGAUGGAACAUUAUGGUUGCAUGGUUGAUCUCCUUGGCCGUUCUAACAAGCUUAAUGAGGCUAUGGACUUCAUUUAUGCCAUGCCAUUUGAACCAGACAACUUAGUUUGGGAAACCAUGCUUGCAUCAUGCAAAGUCCAUGGUGAUGCAGAACUAGUCAAUUAUAUUGCAAAAAGGAUAUUGGAAAUGAAACCAGAAGAUGCUUCACCGCACAUUUCUUUAUCCACUAUGGAUGCUUUCAUGGGCAUAUGGGAUAGCAAGGCUUUACACCGAGAUAAGGUGAGGAGUCUAGGACUCUCAAAGGAACCAGGGAGAAGCUGGGUUGAUGUACAUAGUUGGUUGAAAGAUCUGGAAACAGGGGAACCUUAUAGCACUGAAGGAUGUCGUGCUGCUGCCUGACAUGCAAUUGCAGACUUUUGGUGUAACUAUUGUGCUUAUUUUGUUUCUUAAAGACACCAGCAAUCAAAUGCGUUAGUGGAAAGCCCAGGGACUCCAGGCAAUAUAUUCUCCACUAGUUGAUUGCAAACCAUUUUGCGAUGGAUUUUAAAUCUGAGCUUAUGAUGGUAUCCUUUCCAUAACAUACAUAAGCUGUGAGAAGAACAGUUUUGAAAUCUAAGCAUUGAGGCAGUUAAUUGGCCCUCAGGUAUCUUUUGUUCUGCGAGCAUUUUGGUCACCUUGAAGAUCUGAAUAAGAGUAGCUUGCAGGUUAGCAUGGUACUUCACUUUUCCACCAGUUUAACAAGAAAAUAGCAUGAACAGAUGAGCACUCAACAUAUUAGGGCAAAGCAGGCCUUCCUGGUCUUCAUGGAAUCUGAAACAAAUGAAGGAUCUUUGUUCUUUAUCUUGAUCAAGCUGCAAGCGCGCAAUCAGGCUGUUUCUGAACACGUCAAAACGUGUUCUAUCCACUUCAUCCUAUUUUCAAGUUACAGCAAGCAUGUUUUAAAGGAGAAGUGAUUAGAAUACUUGUGAGGUUCUGCACCAGAGAAAUUCUCAGCAGAAAAAAAUUGUAACUUCUCGAUUAUGAUUCAUCUUUCCAACUCCAGAUGUAAGUCUUUGAUACCUGGUUUUAGAAUGAUUAGCGUUUAUUUUACUGAUAUAUUGACAUAUUAUACAAAUUUAUCAAAGCACUGCUAGCAAAUAAAUUGAUAGAAUGAUUACUUUCUUAGGAGGGCAUCAAGUUUCUUACAAUGCGCCAAUCAGCUAGGUGACAACAAGCACCAAACCCCCACCAAAAUAUUUUGAUUGAUCUUCCUUAAGCAACACAAAUUGAGUGAAGUAAAAGAAAAAAAAAAAUCUAUUUGCCCACUUUAGGCCUGCUUGUCAUUCCCUCUGCCCAUUAGCAGAUCCGCUGGCAUGCUCUCCUCCAUAAGAAUGGUAUCCGGCAAGGGUCCUUCCGAUUGCUUCUUUGGUGCUCUAACAAGCAGCUUUGACAUCGGCAGAUCAUUAUAGUCUUGGAGGUGAAAGUGGGCCUUUACGGUUGAGGCUUCUUUUAUGUGCGGCGGCUUCUUCCUCCUCCAUUCUUUUUGCAAUUUUUUCUUCUUGAUUUCCACUCAGAUCUACAAGGGGCCUAAUGGCCUGUGGCCUCACAGACUUGGCCAUGGAUAUUAGCGUGUUCCUUCCUUUAAAUGGCCAUGGAGAAGCUUCGCCACUGUAUCAGUCCUCACCCCACCUCAGAUGAAGUAGAAGGGUCUUCAUUUUUCUUAUGUUCCUCAAAAUGAGUAGUUUUCCCUCAAUUAUAUCCCUCGUAUUGAGUAGAAAAUUACUUUGUCAGAUGAAGAGUCGAUGGAGGUGCUAAAUACUGGGGCCAUGUGCUUGUGGGGCAAGCUAUCGGAAAACGCUCCUUCUACGGUAACUUUCUUACUGCUGUAAAUUCACUUUGGAAGAUCAAAGAUGUGUUCAACUUGCUGUCUUUGUUGGA